GCGGGUCCCGCCGGGCACCAUGAGCGGCCUGGGCAGCCCGGUGCGCGCCUACGACUUCCUGCUCAAGUUCCUGCUGGUGGGCGACAGUGACGUGGGCAAGGGCGAGAUCCUGGCCAGCCUGCAGGACGGCGCGGCCGAGUCCCCGUACGGACACCCGGCGGGCAUUGACUACAAGACCACCACCAUCCUGCUGGAUGGCCGCCGUGUGAAGCUGCAGCUGUGGGACACAUCGGGCCAGGGGAGAUUCUGUACCAUAUUCCGCUCCUACUCCCGGGGCGCACAGGGCGUGAUCUUGGUCUACGACAUCGCAAACCGCUGGUCCUUUGACGGCAUCGAUCGGUGGAUCAAGGAGAUCGACGAGCAUGCCCCUGGCGUCCCUAAAAUCCUGGUGGGCAACCGCCUGCACCUGGCCUUCAAGCGGCAGGUGCCCACAGAGCAGGCCCAGGCCUAUGCCCAGCGCCUUGGGGUUACCUUCUUCGAAGUCAGCCCGCUGUGUGACUUCAACAUCACAGAGUCCUUCACAGAGCUGGCCAGGACAGUGCUGCUCAGGCACGGCAUGGACCGGCUCUGGAGGCCAAGCAAAGUCCUGAGCCUCCAGGACCUGUGUUGCCGAGCUGUGGGCUCCUGCACGCCUGUGCACCUCGUGGACAAGCUGCCGCUCCCCAUGGCCUUGCGAAGCCACCUCAAGUCCUUCUCCAUGGCCAACGGCCUCAAUGCCAGGAUGAUGCAUGGCCGCUCCUACUCACUGGCUGCCGACCCGAGCCAUAAGAGGAGCAACUUCUGCAAGGCCAGGACCAGCCGUGGAUCCCGGAGUCCCCUGCAGCACUGCACCCGGAGCAGCUGCAGGGUCUCCUAGGACACCUCUAUUCCCCGGCAGGGAUGGAGCCCCACACCAGAGAACACUCAUACUGGGGCCAAGAGCCCCCUGCGGCCCACCACACAUGUGUGAAUGUGCUUGGGGUGUGUCUACAUAGGCCCAGGGCUGCCUGAGUCACUGGCACAUCAACCCAGUGUGUGUGGACCAGAACCUGGCCUGCUUGGGCCAGUGUCACUUCAGGGUUAGGAUGAAUGCCAGGACAGUCCCGACGGCAUCUUCGCAACCCUCUGCCACCUCUCCCCACUUGAGGACUCAGACCUGGGCACAGCUGCUGUCACUAAGUCUAGGGGUUGAGGAGUGAUUUAUACGCAUAUUUUUCUGGAAACUUU